AUGAUAUGGUGGUUUUUAAUUUCAGUAAACUUUUUGUUCUUUCUUAUAAAAAGCUUUUUUACACCCAAAGCCACGAUAUACAGGAAUGAUCUGAACACGAACUAUACAAAUUCGUCGACAGAAAAGUAUAUUUUGGGAGAGAACUACAACCUAACGAGCCUUAAAUUAAAAAUAGAUUUUGGCUCGCUUGACACAGGUACGAAGAUUAUAGAAUAUAGCAAAGGCAUAAUUAAUAUUAGAUCCAUUCAACAAUAUGAUUAUGAUAGCUAUAUGUUAACACCAUGUAAUUCUGAUAUAUGGUGGAUAUAUUCAUUUAGUGAUAUUAUACAUAUAGAAAAAAUAGGUUUAGUAUCCUUAGAGCAUUAUGCAUCAAAUUUUAAGGUCAUUGAAAUUUUAGGUAGUGAUGUAUAUCCAGCUACUAAAUGGAAAAAAUUAGGGAAGAUAUCAACAAAUUUUACAAAAAGUUUUGAAUUAUUUAAUAUAUAUGAAUAUUGUAAAAAUUACGAUGAAGAUAAUUGUUGGGUGAAAUAUUUAAAGUUUCAUGUAUUAUCUCAUCAUAAUUUAGAAAACAAUUAUUAUUGUACUUUGACGCAUCUUCAAAUAUUUGCAUCUUCUGGAGUUGAUAUGUUAAGUGAUAAAAUAUACUCGGAUGAAAAUAUUAAUAAAAUUGAAAAAGAUUUACAAGAUAAUUAUAUGGAUCAAAACAAUGAACAAUUAUAUGAUCAAGAAAUUAUUGAAAAUUUGGAAGAAUUAUAUGAAAAUAAUGAAUCACUUGAUGACACUUUAUCAAAUACAAGUAAUGAAAAGAAAUCAAAAACAAAAACAAGUACAAAUGAUGAUAAUGAUAAAAUUCAUGGGAGUAAUAUAUAUUAUGAUAAUAUCAAAAAAAAUGAUGAGAAAAAAAAAAAAAAAAAAGAAAAAAAAAGUACAAGGACACAAGCAAAAUCUUUAGAUACCAAAUUAAUAGAUAAAGAUCUUAUGAAUACAAAACAAAUAGAAAAAGAAUUAUUAGAUACCAAAUUAAUAGAAAAUGAAUUUAUACAUAACAAAUUAUUUGAUACAGAUAUGAUUGAAAAAGAAUUAAUGGAUACAGAAUUAAUAGAAAAUGAAUUAAUGAAUUAUGAAUUAUUUGAUAAAGAUACUUUUUUUAAAGAAAAUUAUUUUAAUGAUGAACAACAAAGGACAGAUGAGAGUAAUGUAGAUCAACAAAAUGAUAUGUAUGUAAUAAAAAAUAAUAAAGACAGUAUGAAAGGAGAUUAUUAUAUAAAAAAAAAAAAAAAAAAACUUGUAACAGAUAAUACAAAAGAUUUAAAUAAAUGUUCAUCCUAUAAAAGUAGUAAAAGAGAUAAAUUUUUUGAAAACAUAAAAAGAGAGAAUCAUAUGGAUGAUCAACAUAAUGAAAAUAUAUAUAUCAAUAUAAAAAAUAACAAAUCUACACAUACAUACAAAAAAAAAAAUAAUCAUAUAUUUCAUAAAAAUGUCUAUUACAACAUAUUGAUUGUAUUAUAUUAUUUAUUUAAUCAACAUAUUAAAAAGGAAUUAUAUCAUUUUAAUAUGUUAAAAAAUAAAAUGCAAUCAUCAUUUUUUAUGAACAGAUUUUAUAUAACUACUAGAUAUAAAUAUUUAAAUAAAAAGUAUAUCAAUUUUAUUAAUUUCAUUAAAGUCUUAAAAGAAAAUCAUGAACAGAAAUUAUCCGAAUAUUAUGAUAACGACAUAUAUCAAAAAUUAUAUAUAAAACAGGAAGAACAAAAAAAAUAUAUAUAUAAUUUAAUAAUGAAUACUCAAAAUAAGUAUGAGGCUCUAAUUAAAUUGUUACCAUUUUCAAGUAUACAAUUUUUAUUAAAAAGGAAAAAAUGGAUACCUCUUUUAUAUACAAUGUAUAAUAAGAAAGAAUUCGUAAAAAAUCCAUAUUUUAGCAUUAUUAAUAGAGGAGAAAGAAAAAAACGAAAAAAGACAUAUACUAUUAUGAAUGAUGAUUAUAUACCAUUAAAUACAUUUUAUAAAAAAAAUCAUAUUAUAAUACUUCAUGAUUUAAUAUAUUCUUUGUUCUUUUCAAAUAUAUUAUGUAAUGGUGAUUUAGUGUGUCUAUUUGAAAAUAAAAUAUUAUUAUCCAAAGUAUGGAUAUCUCGUUCAAAUAUAAAACAUUUUAUUACAACAAAAUAUAUAUUUGAUAAUUAUUAUUAUAACGAUAAAGGUAUCAAUAAAUUAAAAAACAUUUACUUGUCACCCCAUUUUUAUUUCUUUAGAAAUAUAUUUAUAUCCCACAAGUUUCAAAAUAAAAUAUAUUUAAAAUUCCCUUAUUAUUCUUAUUAUGAUAAGAAGGGUGUAUUGAAAUAUAUGCAUAAUAAUAUUAAUAUGAAUGAUUUUUUAUAUACAACAACGGAUGUGGACAUAAACGAAUUUAUACCAUAUAGUAGAUAUAAGAAUUAUGAAUAUGAAAAAGAAAGAGUACAUAUGAUUGAAAGGGAGAAAAAAAAAAAAAAAAUGUAUAAAAGAAAACCUUAUGAAAAUUAUAUGAUUUUAUAUGUUAUAUAUAGAUUAAAAGCAAAUAAUAUUUACCAUUUUGAAUUUAUAAAAUAUUGUACCAAUUUAAUUAACAAUUGGUCCAAAAAAGAGAUAAAAAAAAAUAAACAUCUUACACUUUUAUAUAACUUAGAAAGAAAAUAUUUAAGUACUUUUUAUAACAAAAUGAAAUGUGUUGAUAUAUAUAAAAGUUAUAAAAUUUUGAAGAAGAAAAGAGUUUUUGUAGGAGCUCAUCAUCAUAUUUUUAAUAACGAAUAUAAUAAUAAUGAUAAUAAUAGUUCUAAUACUUGUCGAAGAGAUAAAUUAAUAAAUGAUAUAUAUAAAUAUUUACAAAAGAGAAACAAAUUAAAUUAUAUUCCUAUAUUACAUAAUAAUAUAAAAAAAAAAAAUGAAAUUCAAAAAAUAAAAAAACAACAAAUAAAAAUGAGAGAAAAUAUAUUUAAUAGAAUUAUAUUAUUUUUUCACAAAUUCGUAUUUAGAAAGUUACCAUAUAUUUAUUUCUUAAAUUUUUGGAUUUAUAACAAAAAUGACAUGAUAUUUCAAAUGAAUGAUUGUUUGGAUAUUUUAUUUAAUUACAUUUUUAAUAAUAUAAAGAGAAUAAUAAUAAUAAAAAAAAAAAAAAAAAAGAAUUUAUAUAUAUUUUUGGAAAAAUUGGUAACAAGUUAUAUUAAACAAAAUUGUUUUUUGAAGAAGAAUUUUAGUUCUCUCUUUUUAAAAAAAAGAAAUAAAAAACAUAAUAGACAUAAUAAUAAAAGAGGAUAUAUUAAUAUGAAUAAAAAUUACAUUAUAUUAUAUCUUCAUUAUUAUAUGGAAAAAUCAAAACUUCAUCCAUUCCAUAAGUAUUUGAACAAUAUUGAAAUGUCUUAUUAUAUAAAAACUGCAAAUAAUAAAAAUUAUAUGUCCUUAUCCGAUAUAUAUUUCUUUUCAAAAAAUAAGGAAUAUUAUUUAACUAAUUAUAUAACAUGGUAUAUAACAAACAUGAUAUUUCUGUUAUUGAAUAGAAAAGAAAAAAAUUGGAAGGUUGAUAUAAAUAAAGAGGAUAUAUAUAAAAAUGAAAAAUAUUUUUAUGAUAAUGAAGGUGUUGAUGAAAAAGAAAAAAUAAAUGCUUACAGAAAAAUGAAUAUGAUACCAAAUUAUUUAUAUAAUAAUGAUAGUUAUAAUGAUGAGUAUUUUUACUAUGACGAUGAUGAUGAUAAUGAGAAUGAAAAUGAUAAUGAUAACAUUGGUAAUAAUAAUUUUUAUAAUAAUAAUGUUCUUUAUAGGGACCAUUAUCAAUAUGAUAAUGAUAAUAAGAACUCAAAUUUGAAUUAUUAUCUUACCAAUAGAAUAAUUAUAAACCCCAAAAAAAACUUCUUAGAAAAUGUAUGUUUAACCAUAGGAGAUAUGGAGAAUAUCAUAUAUUCCAAUUAUUAUAUUGAUAAGUUUGAAAAAAAAGAUUCCAAAUAUGAUAAAUGUAUGAAGAACAAGAUUAAGGAAAAUAUAAUAUAUGAUGAAGAUAAGGAUAGUCAUGAUAGUAGUAGUAUAAAAAUUUUGAAUGAAAUUAAGAAAAAUGAAGAAUCGAAUAAUAAACUUAUCCAUGAUGUAUAUGAUAUUAUCAGUGAAUAUGAUGAUAAUGUUUCUAAUAAAUAUAGAGAUGAUGAUAAAAAUGUUGAAAAUAAUCAUAAGAAUACAUAUAAAAGAAAUAAACAAACUAGUAAAAAUAUUUCUGUAAUAACAGGAAAAAAGGAAAGAAAUGAAAAUAUCAAAGUGAAUCAAAAGAGAAAAGAACAAAUAAAAAAAACAAAAAAAAUUAAUUUUAUAGAAGAAUUUGAUAAUAAAAUUAUUGAUGAAAAUUUAAAUUUUCCAAAUGAAGAAAAUUGUAUAAGAGAAGAAAAAAUUGAAGAGAAAUCAAAAAAUACAAGAGGACAUGCAUUAUUAACGUUAGUUGAUAAAAUAAAAACUAUCGAAACUAAAAAUAAUUAUCUUCUAACUAAAUUAAGAGAUAUUAUAAAAAUAACAAAUAAUAAAACAAAAAUUAUAUAUCAUAUGUUAUCAAAUUUUAAAAUAUUACAAAAUACUAUAAGUCUAUUAUUAAAAUAUAUUAUGAUUAAUGAAAAACAUAUGAAAGAUUUAAAUAUGAAUAAGAAAAAUUCAGACACAUUCUAUAAAAUAUUAAAAGAAAUAUGCUUAGAACAAAUUAAUGAUAAAAGCAAAAAUAUGGAUUCAUUAAAAUAUCUAUGUAAAUAUUUACAAAAUUUCUUAUAUGAUGAAUUUGAACGAAAAUAUCUAUUUGAAAAAAUUAGACCUGGAAAUUAUCCCAUGUGUGAUGAUGAUCAAAAUAUUUUAUUGCAUAACAAAAAUGGAUAUCAUCAAAAAAAUACAGAUUUUAUUAUAAAAGAAAAAAAAAAAAGUUUAUUCAAUUUUUUAUAUUAUGAAAACCAUUGUCAUAAUGAUAUUUUUAAAACACCACUCAUAUAUUAUAAUUCACAAGUUGAUCGUCUUCAAACAGUUUAUUUGAACAUAUUCAAUUUUAUAGUAAAUUUAAAGGUUGUAAAAUUCUUAAUAUACAAAUUCAAAUAUUGGAAAAAUAUUUUUAAAAGAUAUAUCAUAAAUGGUUUGUCAUAUAAUAUAAAUCCCCAUACUUUUAUGAAUUACAGCCCAAAGGAUAAUCAUACUACUAAUAAUAAUAUGAACAAUACAAAUAAUGUCAUGAAUAAUAUCAAUAAUAAUAAUAGUAAUUAUCAUUAUGAAAAUUGGUACCAGAUUUUUACUAACAAUUUUUAUGUAAUAUUUUUUUAUAUCCUUUUUAUCAUUUUUAUAGUUAAUAAUUUUUUAUGUUUCAUGUUCUACAAGCACUUAUCAAACAAAUUAAAUGCAUACGUGAAAACGUGUACUUGUCAUAAUAAAUGA